AUUUAAAAAUUAAUGAUAAAUUAAAUUAUUAAUUGUCAAUGUUUUUUUACUUGCUUGCAAAUGUCACUCAUCGCGUACGUGUUUCGAGUAAAUUUUCAUAAUUGUUUAUGAUAAGUAGUGUCUUAUCGUUAUAUAAAUGGAUUAUAUUUCUGAUAAAAUCUGAUUAUCUUUCGGAUAAAAUCUAAUAACUUGUCAAAAUAAAAGUAGUAUUAUGGUAUUCCAUUAAAGACUUCAUGUUUCAUUAAGAUGUCGAACGUAUAAAAGAAUGAAAUUAAUAUCGGUUGUCAGUUAGUUUACUUUUCUAGUGUCAACUUGAACGAUUUUCGAGUGAUAUUAACGAGCAAGCAUGAGAAGUGCCAUAGCAUUAUGCCUUUUGGCUGCGGUACUUUGUACCGUCGAUGCAACUUUUUUGGAAUUUUUGCUACUUCGAGUGCGAAACACGAAAAAGUCCGUGGAAAGUAUCAUAGAGCAACUCGAACGUAUCCACGAUAACGUUGAGAAAGAUGUAGACCUGACAGUCAUAAAAGAACGGUUGAAAAAAAUGGAAGAGUUCGAUAAAUAUGUCAAUCCUAUACUCGAUACGAUACGUAAAGAGGUAGAAGACGCCAAGGCGAGAGGCAAGGAUGCUCAACGAUGUUAUGAUGCCGCUCAUAAUAUUGUUAAGGAUGCCCGCUAUGCAUUUUACACCGACGCCGAACGAUGUCAAGUAUCCGCGAAACGUUGUAUCAGCAACAACCUUAGUUUCAUCGAUAAUCUUAUCACAAACGGACGCAACCUGAUAGAAGAAUUGGAUAACAUCUUUCCGGAUUGCUACAAAAAAAAUUCGAGAUUUAUUGAUAUUUUAAAAUUGCAUAAUUGUAUCAAGAAGCAGCUUGAUAUAAGUACGGUUCGCGUAAAAAAUUUAAAGACCGACGCCAGUUCCGCCAAAUCGACUGCUAAAAACGCAUUUAACGUCGUUCAUCAGCAGAGCAUCGACUGCUUGAAGAACGCUUACUUGAACACACAUCCGAAGAUCAAGGAGGCCAGGGAGACUGCUACCAGGUGCCUCAAAGCUAUAUAGAAGGAGGAAGAUUUAUCUUUAAUCAAUAUUAUAUUGAUCGACUAUGAUUUAUUGCUAUUUGAAAUUAUUCGUUUGAAAAAAAUUGUCAAGAUAUUAUGAUUUGAAAAAGGCAGUUGUCCGUUCUCUCUCCAUAAUUGAAAAAUAAGCUAGUAGAGUUCACGAUAUCAUAUCUCGAGAUUUUAUUAUUUGCCUUAAAAGAGAGCUCUCUUUUUCUCUUAGCUUGUAUAAUACAAAAUUAAUAAAAAUAAUUGCAAAACAGGAAUUACUAAUCGAUACGAUUCACUCGUAAAUGCCUCUUGUUAUAAAUACAUUUUUAUAAAAUUUACGAUAUUAUACCUAGUUAUAAUUUAGUUUUGUUUUAUUGACACAAAUAGAAUUUAAUGUCUUUACCAUAAAAUAUAAUAUUUUGUUAAAACAGAUCAUUACGACGUAUUUACGUAUGUGAUCCACAUUUUUUUUAUUAAAACGCAAUACUAUUAUAACGUUAAUAAUGCCAUGGACGAUAAAGUAUCAUUUAAUUAUAGGCUUUAAGCCAGUGAUUAAAUUACGUACUAAAUUUUCUGCGAAAAGAUGUGUUUGUAUAAUCUGAAACAUCUGUUUGACGUCUGUCUUAAAGUUUAAAUAAGGUAUGUCACAACGGUCGAAAAUAUAACUGCUGUCUAAUCUAGAAAUCAUAAAUUAUUGAUGUUUCGCGAAUUUCUUAUGAAUCUUAUUUUAAAUAAAAGUAAAACAAAAUUAAAAAGUUCUUCAAUAUAAAAUCUUAAUAGGAAGAUAAAGAUUCAAUAAAAGUUAAAUGUAGUAAUAGAUGUAACAGCUUUUAUAUCGCUAUCGAUUAUUUUGAUAACAAUUAUACAUAAAAACUAUUUUUGUAUUCAUUAUCUCUACAAUUGUAAUUAAGACAAUCGUUAUUAAUUUGUAUAUCUA